UGCAACGCAAACAGCCAGUUUGGUAGUAGAGUUGACCGAUGACGGAUGGACAGUUGUUGGAUUUGUGAAAAAAGAAGAGAAAAAAACCGAACUUGAAGCGUAAAAAAAACUCACUUGAAAUCGUGAACUUUUUCUAAUAGUUUGUACAGCAAAAACUUGCAUCAUGUUUUCUUGGUGGAAUCUAUUCAACUUUUUAUUGGUGUUCUUCCUCAGCUAUCAAGUGUGGAAAGUGGCUGCCUUUGAUCAAGAUUGCCAGCCGGAUGACUCCAGAAAAUGUAUGCUCAUGAAUUCAUUACGUGCUGCCUAUGACAAACGCGUUGAAAGUGUGGCUCAGCAAGCUGUGGAUGGAAAUCAGCAGCUCGAUGGUGGUGGCGGUGGUGAUGAUGAGCAAGCGGCAUUACAACAACAGUUAAAUUCGGCAAACAACGAUCGAUUGGGUGAUUUGUUGGAUUUAAAUUCCGAGCCGGCUGUCGAGGAUUUAAUGCGUCAGAUCAUGUCACAGGCAAAACUAUGGGAGGCAAUCCAAGAGGCAAACCGUGAAAUGAUUAUACAAAAAACGAAUAAGGCCAAAGCACGAGAACGUUUCCCGUUGGCAUUUAGUGCCCAAUAGUUAAACGAUAAAUCCCCAUUGCACCAGCGAAAUAAUUCAAAAAGUCAAAAAAAUCAUUCAUUUGAACCAUAACGAAUACAGAAAAAAGAAAUGCCGAAAUAAAGAAAAAAACCAUAAUGAAAUAAGCCAGAAGAAAAAAAAAUUGGUGAAAUGAAUGGUAAUUGCGUGAAAGAGCAUUUGGAGUUGUGAAAACAACAGAAUCAUAAAUCAUGUGCAUUGUAGAUUAUGACAAUAUAUUAACCUGUUUCUGUUGGACUGGUGAAGCUGUAUCGAGGCGUGUGUACACUGUGCAUAAAUAUAUAUAUAUCUCUGGUUCACACAGUACGAACAAAUUCCAUAGUAAUUAAUUCAGCAUAAAAUUUGAUUUAUUCACCUUUCAAUUGAAAAAAAAAGCGCGCAGCAACAACAAAAUAAUGAAAAUGUCGAUGCAAAUAUGAGCAGUUGUUGAGUGUUUGUGGGCUCGUGUUAAUUUUCUCCCGAAGCAAAAUUGCGUUAAAUGCAGUUGUCAUCUUAAUGCACGACAUGGAAUCCUUCUGUAGCAUACGUUGUAGUCUCUUUUUUUUCAUUUCGAUAGGAUCACCCGAAUCCAAUUAGUUUGUCAUAAAAUCGAAUUCCACUCCGAAUCUCAUGGCUUCCAGAUCGUGCGUGCACAUAAAAACUGAGCACGGAACUAAGCAGAAAAAAAAUGUAUGCGAUGUUGAGACAGCGAGAGCGAGAGCGACACUUUAAAGAAGGAGAGGGAGAUAAAAAGAGGUAAAAAUUAAAUAAAUUAAUCCUGAAGCGCAUGUUGAACGGCAAGCACUGAGAGAGGAAGAUUGGUGGCGAAUGAUGAUGAGAGAUGAACGAUGUUGGCAACACAAAACGGUAUGGUAAAUUAACUGCUGCGUUGACGAUUUAACAUGUUUUAUCGCAUUUGAUGUUUGUGAGCACAUAUUCCAAAACGUUGGUGUU